CAGUGAGUGCCACACUCAGAUCAGAGAGACUCCAACAUCCACAAGCAAGAUGGCAGGACGAUUGAUACAGUACAUGGCCUGGCUUCUUUCUUCUAAGCUGCUGCUGCUGACAUGUUUUGUGGUUGUCACAGCUUUUGUGAUUCAGGUUUACCGUCCAAAUGAGAUCACAUGGGAUUACCUUUCACAGAUUUUUAAAGAAGAGAGCAACCCUUCAAGUGAACAAGUAACAGAAUUCAACAAUGAGCUUCGGAUCCUGCUUAUCGGAAAGACAGGCGUGGGCAAAAGUGCAACAGGAAACACCAUCUUUGGAAAAAAGGCUUUUGAAUCAGAUAUCUCCUUUUCUUCUGUUACCACACAGUGUGAGAAAGCCAGUGGAAGUGUACAUGGCAGAAAGGUGUUUGUUAUUGACUCUCCAGGCCUGUUUGACACUCAGUUAUCUGCAGACGAGGUGGUCAGUCGGAUUAAACUGUGCAUUCCAUUCUCUGCUCCAGGACCUCAUGUCUUUUUAGUUGUGAUUAAAAUAGGUAGAUUUACAGAAGAAGAAGAAAAAACAGUUGAGCUGUUUCAAGCAAUUUUUGGAGAAAAGUCAUCCAGCUACACUAUGGCUCUCUUCACUCACGGAGAUCACAUGAAGGGGAAAAAUAUUCAUCAGUUUAUACGCAACAAUACAAAGCUUUUGAAUUUCAUUAGGAAAUGCAAAGGUGGAUACCAUGUGUUCAAUAACGAAGAUCAAAAUCCAGAACAAGUCAUCCAGCUCCUGGACCAGAUUGAUAAGAUGGUCACUGUAAAUGGUGGAGAACAUUACACUACAGAGAUGCUUCAGGAAGCCGAGAGAGCGAUAGAAGCAGAGAAACAACGGAUCCUGAAGGAGAAUGAGGCACAGAGACAGAAGGAGAUAGAAGUGCUGAGGGUGAAGUUUGAAGGGGAAGCAUUUGAGAAAGCAAGAAAGAAAGCUCAGGAGGAACAUGAGAGACAGGCAAGAUGGAAAGCUGAGAGAAGUCCCUCACUUUUUGAAAGGAUGUACAAUUUUGUAAAAGAAAUUUACACAAAGAUUCGUAACAUGUUUUAGACAACAUGUAAGGUCAGAUUUACUUUUAACCCUUACAGAUCCUGGGCCAUUCAGACAUUUUCUUGCACUGCACUACACCUUCACAUUCUUUAAGUAUUUCAUCUAACUGAAAACAUCCAUGCAAAAGUGGCACAUAUUAUUAUAAUCUGGAAACCCUCUGCAAUAACAAAAUGAGAAUAAAUUGAGUGAAUAAAAAGUAGUUUUUAUUUAAAUGUAGUUCAAAUACAACAUGGGCAAAAUACUAUUUUCAAAGGUCAUCACGCUUUGUACAAAAACACACAAUAAAUGUAUAGGGCCAAAGAUUUUGAAGCCUGUAUCUUAUGAUCACAAGCACUGGUUGCAUAACAGUGAAAAAAACAUUCAAAAAUAUUUUGUGAUUACAUUGCUAAUUACUAAAUCUUUGUACUAUGUGCUUUUUUCUUGGCCUCUUGCUCAUACAUAUUGAUAAAUGGGUGUCUCACACCUUCAACUAUCACCUCCCCCUUUUUGAUAGCUGUCAAUGGUUCUCACACCCUCCUGUCAAUAGCUCUCAGCAGCACAAAAGCCUAAGGCCCUGUCCACACGGCAACGGAUUCAGGUGACUCCGAUACAAUUGCUUAUCGUUUAGGCCUGGCGUCCACACGGCACCGGCGUUUUGGGUGCCCAAAACGCAAUCUUUUUGAGAACGGGUUCCAGAGUGGAAAGAUCUGGCAACGUUGCCAUUGUGAAGUCA